GGGAAGAAAACCUGGGGGGUCAGCUGGGAAAACAGUGUCUGCCUCCUUUGGAUAGCUGACACAGGGGGUGACCUUGGUGAUUUGUGGUCAUUGUUUCUUUUUUUCUUUUACUGCUGGUUUACUAGGAAUUCACCAGGGGUCUGGACAGGCCGUUUGUUCUUGGUGUCCUUCCCUCAGGGAGAGCCGUUUGUGAUGUUCUCUGCCGGCACCAGCCUGAAGUGUCCUCCCUAAUUUUGCUGCCUUCCUGCGCUGGCCUGCAGCCACUGCCCUGUGUGUCUGUUUGCUCUGUGUUCUAGUCCCCGUGUCUGUCUUGACACUUUCAUCUCUUUUCGUUAAAAAAGCACAUGCGUCGUCCGUGCUCAUGCGAAAGAACAGAGUUGGACCCUUACCUCACACCGUAUACAAAAAGCAGUUCAGAUGGAUCAGGGACCGACACAUAAGACCCAAGGCAAUGAAACUCUUAGGAGAGAACGUAGGACAGUGGACUUCACAGUGAUUUCCUGGAUAAGAAACCAGAGCACCAGCCACAAGGGGAAAGAGCAACCCGACUCCUCGAGAAUGAGACAUUUUGUGCAUCGAGAGACACCGUCCCGGGAAUCAGCAGCCGCUGGCAGAGGGGGAGAUGUUUGCAAAUCACGGGUCUGAUCACAGAUUAAUAUCCAGAAUACGGAGGGCACUCCUCAAACUCAAGAGCAAAAAAGAACUUUAUUCAGACAUGGACAAAGCUCUCCAGCAGACAGCUCUCCAAACGAAGGUACACAAAUGGCCACUGCGCCCGUCGGCUAUGCUCAGAGUCACAAAUGGAGAAGUGCGAAUCAGAACUCCAGCGACGAGGGCGGCGGCUCUCCGAAGUCAGACACAGCCCCCGGAGAGCCUGCACACGGCCGGCACGUCCAGUGUGCAGUCACAGCAGAGAGGGCGUGAAGACCGAGAACGACCACAUCAACCUCAAGGUGGCCGGGCAGGACGGCUCCGUGGUGCAGUUCAAAAUCAAGAGACACACCCCGCUGAGCAAGCUGAUGAAGGCGUACUGCGAGAGGCAGGGCUUGUCAAUGAGGCAGAUCAGGUUCAGGUUUGACGGGCAGCCGAUCAACGAGACAGACACCCCCGCGCAGCUGGAGAUGGAGGACGAAGACACCAUCGAUGUGUUCCAGCAGCAGACGGGAGGCUCGCCCGAGAGCGGCUGUGUCUAAAGGAGCCCCAUCUACAGGGACUGUCCCCACUGUGUCAUCGUCCUUGCGUCUGCUGUUGAAUAGUGAACGAGAGACCGUGCCCAUCACAAAGGAGUCCGGGGAAAGCCAAGGACGGUCACCAAAACUACUUCCCUCUCUUUUGACAUUCGGCGAGGGCAACUCAGAACUGUCUGCAGGGGGAGCCCGCGGCUGGAAUUGGGCCGGUCGCACUGGUCUUUGUUGGGGUGAAAUGUGUUCUGAGGGGUUUGGGGCUUGUUUUUGCUUUCAUUUUUGUCCUUUCCCCCCUUCAGUUUUGCCCCCCGACUUGUGGUCUGAAUGUCCACUUGUAGUCUAGGUGGGGACCUACCCGCAGGGGUCUGGCUCCCCACCCCACUGCUUGUUGGAGAGCUCACAGCACCGCGGCGGAGGCACUUCUGUUGGGCAAGUUUGGGGGCAGCUUGGGGAAGGGAGAUAAACUUUUCCUCUUUCGUGUAGGCACAGGUUUUUUAAAUGCUGAGAAGUACUGCGUUUCAGGAUACAGUGAAGUUGAAGGGAAGAUACUGAAAUGCUUUUUAAAAGGUGAAAAGGAAAAUAAGCAGGUCCUUUGGCAACAUGGCCCUGGGCUUGGGCACCCACUGCCUGGCGCCUGAGGCCGCAGAGAUAGGCCUUUCCCCUUCCUAGAGAAGAAAGCCACCCCCACGGGUCUCCCUUGGUCAUAGGGCCUGGCCUCACUUUUCUCUCCUCGGAGUAAUGAUGGUAUCUCUGAAAAAAGCAGGUUUCAGUAUUGCUGGGUAUGAACUUGUUUUCACGUGAAAGACCUGCUCCCGAGUGUGUAUUCCACGAAGCCCGCGGAAAGGUGACUCCAUGUCACCCUGACGGAUGUGGGCUGUGCUGCUUUCCAAAUAGGUGUGGGACUUAAGCUUUAGUACGUGAUCUUGGUUCUGUGAGGUUUUGGGAUCUACACCAAUUAAACGGAUAGUUUUCCUCCUGUCUUUGUGUAUGAACCCACUGCUGCCUUGUUCCAGUCACCACGCGUGACCAUGACUGUCCUCUCUUGCUUGCCUGAAAUCUCGCUGAAGGUGUUUGCAUUUCCUUUGUGUCCUGCUCUUUGGGCGUUGGGGGGGGUGGUCUGCUGGCUCUGUUCUGUUCGUUCACCGAUUUGUACAUUAUUUGUUGUCCUUUGCUACUGUAAACAGUAAAUAUAGUUUGGUAUUCCGUC